CUUUUGCAGAGGUUCAGGAUAGUAUAUUUAAACCGUGCAGGUAUCCUACAUCAUGUCAGAUCUCAAACCCAGUCACUCUUUAAGUUUAAUCUUUUAAAGUCACUCAUUUGACGCGUAGUCCUUCGCGCUUUCCUUUUUUCCUUUUUCUUCUUUCUCUCGUUUGCCCCCACUCCUUCUAGCAUACCUACAAUGGCGAGAACACAAUGGUCGUCUCUUAGAGUGGCCGCUCUCCAGAUACUUUCCUUUAGCUUCGUGAACCAGGCACUCGCUCAAUCUUGUGCUGCAAACUAUCCCCCGUCAGUACCCGUCGCAAGUGCCACUGCAACACUUGGGCCCGUACCACCGCCCGAGCUUGAUACCUCUGACCCAAUUCAUUUAAUACCAGCUUCCAAAGUCUCUCUUUACUAUGGCUCCUUGGAACCCGAGCCCACUAAUAAGCCCGCCUCCGGCUCUGUUAACAUGAACCUAGAGCUUAACCAUGACACCAUUGUAUUGGAGUACAUCGACGCUAUCGGCAGUGUUGAGUGCACUGAUGAGUCUGUGAUCGUCGCCUUCAAGGACGCUGUCGGCUUCGAAACAGCCCUCCAAUCUUGGUCAUUUGAAAAGAGCCUUAUCUUGAUCACAAACCAUCUAGGCAACUGUGAUGCUGAGUUCGAAAGAGGUUUCUUCAAGGUCGACCAGAUAGCGUCGGAUGAGUCCAACUUGUCGAUCACCUGCAAUGCCUCUAAGCAGCCAAUUACCGAAAUUGCUGAAACUUGCGAGCUCGCUUUCUCGUCAGUGCCAGCGGGGAAACUCGCGAAGCGCCUCACACUUGACCCUUCCUUCAGCAUACCGUUCUCUAAGUCCCUGGCCAACAAUACUGUUCUCCUGAGCGAACCCCCGUACCUCACUGUUACCGCCGAUGAAGCUGCCUUCUCCUCAGAAAUCACCUUCUCUGGUUAUCUGUACUACGACUUUUGGGCCUUCAAGUUGCGGCAAUUGUACUUCGACAUUGAUGCCGGCUUUUCUGCCGAUGUAGCCCUUAGCGCGCACCUUGCCGCUGCAUACAACAAGUCCUUCAUGUACAACCCCUCGGAUCUCACUUACACGCUUGUCAACAUCCCCGGUAUCGUGCAGCUUGGUCCCGGUGUAGCCUUCGGUCUAGAGAUGGAUUUCAGCGCCUCGGCCGCCGUGGAUGUAACCGCAGGCUUGUCUAUUUCCAUGCCAAAUGGAAACGUGCAUGUCGACCUUCUGAACAGCGUGAAUACUGUGGCCACUGGGUGGACGCCAACGUACCACCCAUACGCCAAUAUCUCUGCGCAAGCCAACGUCCAGGCCGAUGCCAGCGCCACCGUGACGGUCGAGAUGGCGCUGAGCUUCCUCGGAGGGCUUGUUGAUCUCAGCAGUGGAUUGACCGCAAAACCGGGGAUCGCUAACACGUUUUUACUCGAUGCCAAACUCGACACAGAGCAUGCUAAAAAUGCUACAGCUACGGGGAUCACCCAGGAUGCACACGUUGGAGGUCCUUCAUGCGGUGAGGGGGUUAGCUUGAAAUCGGACUUUAUCUUUAGUCUUGAUGCUUUUGUGACGAGGUCGUGGAGCACCACUUUGGUGAAUACGGGGAUUCCACUAUGGGACUUCUGCUAUCAAUUUUAAGAUCCGAGCGCAAGAAGGCACAUCCCCGUGAUCCGAUGUGUUCUUGAGCUG